GUUUUGUACAGAAAAUAAGUCAGUAAUGAUGGCUCUCCUCCUCCCCCCGCCCAGCCGCUCCUCCCUUCUCCCUACUACUCCGGGGCUCCUGGAAGUUAGUGAGCACAGUGCUGUGCAGCUCCCUCCCGCCCUCCUCCUACCAGCUCGCUCUCCCAUGGCAGAAACAGAGCUCGCCCAAAAGCUCCAGCGCCGCUUGGUGUUAGAGGAUGUUGAGCCCACGGAGGACAGAGCGGAGCCCCCGCCAGAGCCCAACGGAGCAGAGACCGAGGAGAAGGCGGCCACGGCCAGUGCAGACUCCGAGCUCAGUGCCAAGCUGAACAGGAGGCAGGACAUCAACGCGGGCAAUGCUGUGCCCCCUCACCGGUCCACCGUCUUCAACCCCUACACCGAGUUCAAGGAGUUCUCCCGAAAACAGAUCAAGGACAUGGAGGCCAUGUUUCGCAUGUGAGUAAGGGGGAACUUACUUAUAGCUGUCACCCACCUACAGUUCGCAGGUCCCACUAUAUAAUACUGGGCACAUAGCAAUUCUUCAUGAUGAGGGGCUGUACAGGAAAAGGGCUGCCUUGGGCUAUGCAGUAUUCGCAUGCUACAGCAGGCUAACCAUUUAACUCAUUUAACUUUCCCCUGUCUUGAUUACUACUUUCCUCCUUGCAAAUUGUACACAAUUCUGGGCAGAACUUUUCAUGAUGAGUCCAGGAAAAUAAGGUCCAUAAACAUGGGAAGCUAUGCAUGUGGUGAUUUUUUUUUUAUAGAUUUCAAAUCUGUAUAAAAUGUUAUCUAAAAAAUUAUAUUGCAGCAUUAUUUUUUAUUUAAUGACAUAAGUUUCAUGGUUUAGUAAACUGGCACUGUAGAGGCAGGCGUUUUCAUUCUGUGUCCCAGCACAAAGUUUGUCACUGAGAAAUGUUUUGACCUUCAAACAGUAAAUCUACUAUAUAUUAGUGUUUAGCAUAUUGUUAAGUCAUAAACGAAUUUGUGUAGCUCUGAGUUCUGCAAGGGUUAUGCAUAUAGAGCAACUCAGGUGCAAAGUUCUGAAAGUUGAGCAGUCACCAUGGAAACCAGUGGAAUCUUCUUACACAUUGCUCAAGUUUUAGAACUUUGACUCAUUGCUCUUUAAAAAAAACAACAAAAAAAACAACACAAUUGUAGUGCUUUUGGCUAACAUAUUCCUUAGCUGCUACUAUUUUUUUUUUUUCCAUGUAAGCACUAAAUCCUUUUUUAAAAAGGCUUACAUUUUGUUAGAAUCUAGAAUAGCUGCUGAGUCUAUGCUCUAUGGGCAGUGCACUGGGAGCUUGUGCAUGGGUGUUACGCAUGCACAUGUGAAUUGUGGCAUUUUCCUGUACAGUGACAUUAGCAGAACCUGAAAGAGAAUGGCACAGAACAUAGUAACAUGAAUUGUUGAAUAACCAUUCAUGUACCAUUGGUAGGUUUAUUAUAACCAUUAAACUUGCUUGUAAUCAAACCUGGAAAAAGGAGAAAUGAAGGUGUGUGUGUUCUAUGUACUACCCAACAUGUACUUGCAUGUUUUACCAUUCAAAGAAUGCAAUCGCAGACAAGGGACCGUCAGAGUAGCAGUGCAUUUAUGUUCAUGUAUAUGAAUGCCUGUAAAAAAAGAUUAUGUAAAGAAAUUGACAUAAUCUUUUUUACAACUAUAACCACUUCCCUUUAAAAAAAUAAAUAAUAAUAAUAAUAAUAACAAUAAUAAUAAUAAUAAAGUUUAUAACUGCAGCCCAAGUUUCAUUGUGCUUAUCCACAGACCUGAAAAAAUAAUUUGGGGAAAAAAUGUUCCAGCUCCUAAAGUGUUAAAUGCUAAACUUUUGCCUACUGUUUCUUAAGUGGCUAUAAUGCUUCAUCCCUUACCCCAUUAAUGCCACUUCCACUGUUCAUGUUAGAUUUGUUCAUUCUGCAUCCCCCCCCCCCCCAAUAUCCGCUGUGAGCCUUGAUCUUUCACCACAGUCCAGCUGAUUCAUCUAGUUCCUUAUGCUAACACCCAGUCUUGUAACUUCUCAUUAUGAAUCAGUGUAUGCUAGAUCAAUUUAAUUCCUCUUUCAGAACUAUGCUUAUGUGUACAUAACUGGAGCUGGUAGUGUAUCAGCUUCCGAGGAUAGUUGUACUCUUGGCACUAGUGUUGGAUUGUCAUUAUACCUAACUGAUACACUGCCAAAAGGCUUCGUGGAAUAUCUCUAGUUAGGUUCUCUAAGCCUCUUCCCAGGAAAAUACCUGCUUAUAUUAAAGGAACACUAUAGCGUUAAGAAUACAUAUUUGUAUUCCUAACACUAUAGAGCCCUAGUCACCUAAACGGUAACUUAGGGCCCCUUUCGUGGUGAAUAAACGGUUAAUUAACAAUUAUUUUUUGCUUACAUUUUUCCAGCGCCGGGCUCCCUUGGCGCUGGUGACCUCUCCUCCUCCAUCAACGUUGGCUCCCAAGUGUAGCCAAAUGUGCAUGCGCGCGCACAUUCACACCUGCCCAUAGGAAAGCAUUACUCAAUGCUUUCCUAUGGGGAUCUUUUUUGACGCUGGAGGUCCGAGAUGACGUCCAGCGUCAAAUAAGUGCGAUUUAUUCGGUUUAAAUCGCAUAAGCGCUUCUAGUGGCUGUCCGGGAGAAACCUGCUAUGUUUUCAGCUACAGGGUUGGGGGACCUGACACCCAGACCACUUCAUUGAGCUGAAGUGGUCUGGGUUCCUAUAGUGGUCCUUUAAAUAAAUAUACCUAUAUCUAUCUCCUCAUCAAAUACUAAUAACUAUUUAAAUUGGUACUGAAAUAUCUCACAGAGUAAACAUAACAUGCUGAGGAAUUGUGUCCGGCUAACCGAUGUACAGAAUUCUAUGCAUACCAGAUCUAAUAAUAUCGGGUUCUGUAACACAUACAUCCCAAUUGUCACUUUUUCAGAGGGACAGUCCCUAUUUUUGAGUCAUAUCCCUCCGUCCAUCCUUUCUACCCUAAUGUCCCUCUUUUCUAGAAGCUCCAUAAAUUUGGUGUGUAUUGAGUGUUUUAACAGAGCUCUACUGCAAUAACACUCACAGUAAUGUCUUUAAACUACAAUAAAUGUGUAUAUAAAUCAGCCUGUGUAAAUAAGAUACAUUGCUCAUGUUUUUAAAUGACAUUUUAGUUGCAUAAAUUAUUAGUAAGUCAACACGCCUUUGGCCACACCCCUAAAAUUAAUUUGUCCUUCUUUGCCCUUAUGAAAUGUCAGGAGAUAUGUUAACAUGAUGGGUGUUGUUGGGAAAUUGAAUUUUUUUUUUUUUAUACAAUUCACUCUGCCAAAUCCAAGUAUGCUUUAUAAAAGGGAGUCCAAAGGUUAGUGUCGUAGCUGUUGCAGAACCCGUAAAGGCUGGCUCAGCAUCCUACGAGUAAUGGUUAUAAAAUAGCUAGGGGGUAAAUUUUGUCCACCCCACCUGUGUAUAGUUGCACUCACCCACCAACACAAUUUUACUAGCUUGUUGCUCUGUCUUCCAAAUUAUUUAUUUGUUACGGUUGUAUCAAUUCCCUUUUCAUGAUCUAAUUAUUCCAAAGAUCAAAUAUUUUGUGUACCCUGUGUAUCUCUUACUAAAUGACUGGAGGAGGUAACUUAUAAUAUGCGCAUGACCUGUGUGUACAUUAAUCAUAUGAAGAAAAAUGCAAGCAUAUCCAGAUAAAGACAUGUGCUGUUAUGUUAUGUUUUUCUCAUUUUAUGUUGGAGGUGGGUGGAAAUAAUGUUAUUGUAAUAAUCCGCAGCACUGUACAAAAUUAUCUAGAUGACGUAUUUUUUUUUUUGUGACUCCCUAUGGCAAGUUUGUAGAAGUCUGUGUAAAGGAAUCCUAGGAGAGUUAGUAUAUGUAUUAGAAGAAUGUAUGUUGGUUUGAAGUGUGUGGGGGGGAGGCAGACAGUGUGACUGACUGCUUGUUCUCCUUAUGGUUUUAGCUGGGCUGUGGGUGUGUAUGACAGACAGUAAGAGGCUCAGACUCCUUCCCCUGAGCAGAUAUGUAGGACUAUUAGGUCAGUGCGUGUGGGGAAGCCUGGCACUGCUGCUGUGGCCUCCACCCUGUGGAAUAUGGUGCAGGGUGUGCUCCUCCACCGCUGAACACUUGUUGUGCAGCUGUGAGUUUUUUUUUUAUUGACAAUCAGAGCCUUGUGUGUCUCAAGUGCUGUCAGUGUGCUCCAAGGAACAGCUGUUUAACACCAUCAGUGCUGUCUGCGGUGUACAGUUUAUUCUGGAUAUAUAGCAAUUUGGUGUCUCACUGUUUAGUGUUUUGUUUGUUUAAAAUUAAAGGUAUCUAUUUUUGAUGCAGCUACUAUCCCCUGAAACCAAAUUUCAGAGUGACUUGUAGUCAGACACCCUGUAGAACAAGUUUGUAUAUCUUACUUAUACACCACUUUUCAGUGUUUUAAUUAGAAGCAUAAUCUACAUUUUGCCCUCUGGUAAGAAUGUCUGCUCAAUCCGGAUAGUGAAAGUCUAUUUGUAAGAAAGUUGACCUUCUUAUACCUGAACCUUUUUUAUUAUUUUUAUUUAUUUUUCUUUCUGUUGUGUCACGGCAUGCCAGGUAUUAAUUGGUGUCCUUGGAUUGAGGGCAAUUGAAAAAGGUGAUUAAGAUUUGUUUAUAUAAGUUUUCCUGCUAAACAUUAAAUUACUUUAUUUAUUUUUCUCAGAAAUAUCUUUGUUAAAGCUGGUGUUUUUCUGACUUUUGUAGAUAUAAACCAGAAUGGCUGAAAUCACUUCUCUUUGCAGAGCUGGUAAAUACAGCACUCUGUAAUGGCGACUUACGUGGGUGAAUAUUUAGGCAAGGAGGUGAGAACUGUGUAAUAGGAAGUAAGACUAUUAAAGGAGAAGGUAAUGAGAAGGCACGUGUCACAUAGUCGUCCCGUUGCAGUCUGAAUAGCCAAGUUCCUCAUGAAUGAUUUACAAAUAGGACUAUGCACGCAGGCAGUGUAACACACCAGGGUUGAUGUGAAUUAAACUGCCAUUUUAGACUCUGUGUGUGCCUGGUCCUGUCUGUAUAGUAGCACACAAACAUGCCUUACUCAGCGUCAGAAUUCUACAGUUGAAACUUUUGUAAUUGAAAAAUACCACACAGCUAUCUAGCACUCCGAGAGUAAACUUUCUUACAUUAUUUGUUUAUUUUUCUAUUAGUUUGGUCAGCAUAGAUUACCCCACUAGUUUUUUAAAACUGACAGGUCUAUACAACCUUACAAUCCUAAAUGAGUAGGACAUUCCAUUUUGUCAUAGGAUGCUUAGGAGGAGCACUACCGUACGCUGUAGUGGUUAUAGUGCCUGCUGUGCCCUCAGGUUUGAAUCUAAUCUGAGGCUCGCUGGACGCUACUGAGGCUUGGCGUUACUUCCGGAGCACAAACCAAGAGAGGUAUGGUGUGACGAAAUAUUAUUGAAAACCAUUUCCACCUGAAAAUCGGUGGCUAGUAAAUCCAUUGUUAAACACAGAUCUGCACACACCAGUCAAGCCAUAAGACUUGCUUUCCCCACAGAAAACAGCAUUGCUGUUACUACUGCAAGGGAUUCUGGGUGAGCAAAUGUAAAUGAGUUUAAAAAAAAAAAAAAAUAUUUUCCUUGACUCCCUCCUGACCUUACGCAGAACUCUUUGGUGUUUAAAAAAAAUAAAUUUUUUUUUUUUUUUUAAAAAGUAUGAUGUAGAGCAUUUAGUGUGUGCUUAAAGAGCUUGUAUUUACAGAAUCAUGAGUGCAAGGGCACUUGCAUUCCAAAUAUUAACUGUGUUAACCUGCGCUUACCCUUUCAUGUUAUUAUCUUCUUAAUUCAUCUCCUUAAGCCAUUUCUUCUCUUUCCUCUCUGCCUGAGACCCUUAACUUCUCUCUGUGCAAUCUCCUUAUCUCUUGACAUGUCACAACAGUGAGUCUGCAUACCAAGGAGUGCCAGUGAGAGAUGGUGACACAUUCCUGGGCUGCUUUCCCUGCUUACUGUACAGACAAGUCUGAUACAACUAGAUUUGUAGUAAAACCACUAACACCCUUCUUUCCUUAAUAAAAUGUACACAUUGCCCUUAAAGAGACAAAAAAAGGUCAACCCCCAUUAAGAGCUUUUGUGUGCGUGUUUGGUGCUACAAAAACCAUAACAAAACUGGGACAUUUUACAUUCUUUUCCACUUAAAAACAUUUUAUUUUAUUAAACACUAAGUUUUAUUUCUUUGUUUCUAACAAUGUAAAUGUUGUUGUUCUUUUGAAACACCUAUGGCUGCCGAGUGGCACUUGUUCCGUGUGCCUGACUGAAUUAAAGGAACACUCCAAGCACCAUAACCACUACAGUGUGCCAGCAGUUUUAUUUUAUUACUUUGGGUUCACCAGGCACCGUUAACCACCUCUGUAACAGCUGGAAGCUCUCUUCACUGUGCUGGCCCUGCAUAUUGUGGCUUGGUUUAGGAGAAGUUCUCAGCACGAACUUCUGGUUGAUCAUAGAUGUAUCCACCAUAUUUUGUGGGCCACGCAUAAUUUCAUUAUGUUGAUUAGCAGAACAUGAAAAUGCUGCCCUGUAUUAUAGAUAAUGUAUGUGCUGCAGGAUUCCUGAUUGAUUUACUGCCUGCAGCAUGUGACUUCUACAUACUGCAGGGCAGCACUUUCUGUGUGUUGCCUAUCAAUUUGUAUAAAUGUGGUGCGUGUGCUGGAAAACAUGGUGGAUGUGGUGUCCCUGUUUAUAGAGGAAGUAACUGGUGCAUGAUGGACGCUGCGUAUUUAGUUGACCAGUAGUUUGACUGGUUACAUGUAUAGGUGCAAGGGUGACCCUGGCACCGUAACUCUUACAAUAUGCAGCAGUGGUUAUGGUGGUUAGUACUCCUUAUAAUAUCAAUGCUCCCUUUUAAGGUCUGACCAAAUCUCACUUGCAAAAUCUGCAAAUAUUUUUACUGGAGGGGAAUUUGUUUUGGCUUGCAAAAACAGAAUGCAAUGUUUUCCUGAUACAGCAGAAAUGUUUAAAAAUAGUACAAGGGAAUUAUAAGUGCCGAUUCCUGUUAAUAUCUACUUAAAGCAGCACACCGUACCUACCUUUUCACAAUCUCUUCCUCUUUCCUACUUUUUCUUCCUUCUUUAAAAAAAACUAACUAUAAAUAUAAGACCAAGUAUGAACUACUUUUUGUUUCAUGCAUUUUUUUCCCCCCUAAUCCUGACACUUCUACUGCUGUCUAAAAUUGUCAAUCCCCUGGCUGCAGGGAAUUGGCUCUGUCUAUGAAUGAUCCCAUGGUCUUGCAGGACUCUCCAUCAUAGACCUCAAUUUUUAUCUCCCCCACUGGACUAUCAGCUGCAAAAUCACCAUCAGGGGCCUUUUGCAAAUUCUGCGACGUCCCCAGACGGUGAUAGGGUCACUUUAAAGCAUGUCUCCUUGUAAUGAAUGGAUUAAUGCACUCUACAGAAUAUACCCUUUAAAAUAGACUGCAAGAUGAUUAAAGAUUGCUUGCAUGUCUACGUCCUAGUUCCUGACUUUAUUUCCCCUCGAUCUUGUGAUCUGUGCAUUUUCCUACUUGAUCCCUGUGCUUAAUCAUUAAACUGCUAAAGUAAACUGUUUUGAAGCCUGCACACUGCAAAGUACACGCAUGCAUUUCCCUGUCUCCUAAACAGAUAUCUGGUUGGCACCAUGGCUGCUAUGCUUACCAUUCAUUCUGGUUUUCUCCUUUUUAUUUGCACUUUUUAAUAAUGAUCACAAUUGCCAUAUUUGGAGCUUGUUCAAGGAAAAAGUUUUGUAUCCUAAAACUGUAACCCAUCUAGCUUUUGAUUCAGUAUGUCUUCCUUAUGACUGAAUUACAUGCUGAUAUAUGUUCAGUGCCCUCCCCAUGCUAUAACUCUUGUCUAUAAAUGGACUUUGCUGUGCUUCUGGCUGAUACUUCCCUCCUACAAUGACACAAUCCGUUCUUCCCUUUUUCUGUAACCUCUAGCUUAAAAGCAAAAAGUAUUUUUUUUAUUUUUUUUUAUUUAUUUUAAUUUCCUCCCCUUUGCCCUUGCUGUAGCACAGCUACACUAUUUUAGUCUCUGGUCCUAGUUCCCAGAGCACUUGCGCUGUACUACAUUAACUAAAUUUUGAGGCAGUUUCCUGUAAGCAUGACUUAUGGGAUCUGUCCUAUUGGUGCUGCCAGUACAAAAAAUAAUGACCCGUGUGUAGAGAUAUUUAUAGAUGUAUAGAUACAUAACGAUGAAUGAAUGGGGAAAAUAUCAACAAGGAGUUCUUCUGUAGGAUCCCAAAACACCAUUUAUUUGAUUUAUUUCCUGCUAUGUUCUCUAAUGCUAAAUGAUAUUGUUCCACUGCUGCAUGAGAUUAAUAGGAGUUGCACUACUAGGCUGCAAUUAUUUCAGCUGCCGCCAUUGAUUCAGCUCAGGAACAUGCAGAGUUAAAAUAGCAGCAUCUGCCCCUUGGUAGUGUAACUCUCACCAAUCUCUGGCAGAUGGCGACAUGUAGUUCCAAGUUCUGCCAGGCCAGAAUUAAUAAUGUGUUGGUAUGAUCAUGUGGAAGUAUAAACAUUCACUUUAGCAUAUCUGCUUAGACUGGAGGCAGCAUGGACGCCCUACAAAGCAAAGUACAUUUCAAACGGUUCAUAAAUAUUUUGACUGUUUACCAUCGGAUGGUGCCAGGGAACUUCUGACAUCAUAACUACUGUUGAAUCUGUAUAGUGGUUAUGGUACUUUUCAGUCUUAAUUUUUUAAUUUAUUUAUUUUUUUACAUAUUUAACACAAGGUCUUGACAGAAUUAGGAGCAAGCCAAAAUUUACAAAAACUUUAUUAAUCAUGUUGCUCAACUUAUUUUUACAAGAAGCUCCAUAGAUUUAUUCCUUUCUUUGCUACUAAAAUAAAUUAGUAAAAUGUCCUUCUGACUCCUAACUGUCAAGCCCUACACUAGAAUAUUCUUUGAAUAUUGUUGCAUCUGCACAUUCUUUCUGUUGGUUCCUGUGUUCUAUUUGAUACGUGUCGGCCGGUCUGGGAUUAUAAUAGUUGAAGUUCCUCUUCUGCUCCCCUUGUCAUUAUGCUGCUCUGGUCUGAUGACAAGUGAUGGGUUGAACUUUCUGUAGUUUAUCAAUAACAGAGAAGUGUAUUUGUGUAGUUAGUGCUUGUGUGUGUUUUUGAUGUCUGUUCCGUUUCAUUUUAAUUUAUUAUUGUUGUCUCUGUGUAGGUAUGACACUGGGCGGGAUGGUUUCAUUGAUCUGAUGGAGAUGAAGUUGAUGAUGGAGAAACUAGGAGCUCCACAGACACAUCUUGGGUUAAAGAAUAUGAUCAAAGAAGUAGACGAAGACUUUGAUGGAAAGUUGAACUUUCGAGAGGUAAAGCCUCUUCAAUCACUCGGAAGCAACUGUGACUUGUAUAUAAAACAAUGGUUUAUAUAUGUGUAUAUGUUGCAAUUCAUUAAAGGAACACUGUAGAAUCCAUAAUUGCUUUCACAGUGCUUAUGGUGCCUGGAUAUUUUAGGCACCAGGUUCUGCAUCACUGUUAAACCGUUUACUCCCCGUUAAAAUGUUAGUCCAGCCACUAUGACCACUUUAGCGAUUUGACGUGGUGAUUGUGAUAGGAGCACACUGUGCAUCACUGGCCCAGGAAGCACCUCUAGUGGCCAUCUACGCUACCUUUUCUCUGUAAAGAAUAUAGACACCAAAACAACUACAUUAAGCUGUAGUUGUUCUGUUGACUAAAGUGUCAUUUUUAAGUAGAGAUGCUUGGUCACUGGCAGCCUGCAGUGAUGAAUUGGUGAAGGCGGAGCAAUGUUUUACUAAACGCUAUACCUGGGAUAGCAGACAGUGAUAGGCUGAGUGCUCUCAUACAGUCUCUGCCCCUGUCCUUGGUACGGGUUCAGGUGGAAGCAUAACUCUGCUUCUGCCAUAUUAUCAAGGGCAAAGGGAAGCAAGGAAUCUUUAUGAAAUGCUCAUGAAGACAAGGCUAUCAUAAGAUAAAGUAGAGACCGUUUUCUAUUGUGAAUUUUUUUUCUCCACUUGACAAAUAGAGGCGCUAGCGCUGUUAAGCUUUGUCAAUUCCUUAGUCAUCACUUAUGAGAAAAGGUGGGGGAGGCUCUGUGUAGAAGAUCCUGCCAUCUCGCGGAAUCCUCCAUAGAUAUCAGUGUUGUAUUCUCGCACAUGUAGCAAUGAUGUCACCUUCAGGCAGAUAAGGAUGAUGGAGGGACAGGUUUAGGUAAGUAGAGCUCUCUUUUCCUUGCACCCUACGCUUACCUCACUGCAAAUGGCAAAGUCACUAUCUGGGGUCUUGGCAAAAUAUGCAAAGACCCCAGAAGGUGACAGUGUCUUUAAAUAUAUCUGUAAAUCCUUUUCAGACAAACAUCCUGCAAGCUGUACGUCAAAGGUAGAUUAAGAAUACGUGAUGCCCUGAGAACAGGUUCUGCAACAAAAUAGUAAUUCAUCCUUGUUCAUGUUUCAGUCAUAACUGGACUUGCCACAGGAUGGCAUAUUUUUUAUUUUUUAUACCUGCAGUGGGACUCAAAGCGCUUUUCAGCACACGCUCUCGGAAUUAACUAAAUCAGCAGUUGAAUAGUUAUAGAUGUUAUUACCCAAUUAAUGAUGCUCAUUUUAUUGACCUCAGAAGGAUGAAGGGCUAAGCUGCACCUGCCUGGAUUUUAACCUGUGACCUUGCUGUUUUGAACAGGAUUAGUAAUCAGGGAAUUUACACUGUUUUGAAGGCAAGAGCCAAGUUAAUGCAUUGCAACAAAAACAGAGAAUAUUAAAUAAAAGAAACAGGGGACAUAGUUAUGCUCUGAGCAAUAUCAGUUAUUUUUGUACCCUGCUUGUUCUAGCACAAACCAUAAUUAUAACAUGUGUUCCUUAAAUUACAUAUAACCAGGCCCGGACUGGCCAUCGGGCAUACCAGGCAAAUGCCCGGUGGGCCGCGAUGGCCGUGGGGCCGAGGCCGGCAGGGGAUCUCCCCGGCCGGCUCCUGCAGGGCCAGCGCUAUCCGAGUGCCGGCCCUGCUGUGUGCCUCCGUGGGCCGGUGGGGAGAUCAAAGAUCUCCCUCACCGGCCCACAGGCAGGGAGAUGCGGCCGCCAGCAGGAGAGGGAGGGAGGCAGGAGAGAGGACCCGGCGGAGCUCUAACAAGCAGCUCCGCCCGGUCCUCUCGCGGGAUUCUGAGCUUUGCUGUGGUUACCGCAGGUUAGAGUUCACUCUCACCACUGGACCACCAGGGAAUGCAGCAUGGUCCCCCCUCAUGGCACCCCUGGCAGAAGGGAUCUCCUCCUUUUUUUUUUUUUCUUUUUUUUUUAUUGCACUUUAUGGUUUGGCACUUUAAUUGCUGAUUUGUUAUAUGCACAUAUAAGCACUUUAUCAAUAUUUUAUAUUUGUUACAGUGAAUUACACUUUUAGUAAGAGCUACUUUUAAAAGGAAACUACAGGCACCCAGACCACUUCAGCUCAUUAAAAUGGUCUGGGUACAGUGUCUCUGUCCCCCUUGGUCCUGUAAUGUAAAACAUUGCAGUUUUUGAGAAACUACAAUGUUUACAUUGCAGUUCUAAGACACUCUAAUGGGAGUUUACUGGACUCUAGAUCAAUUAAACAAUGACGGGCCGUCCUCGUGCUCUGUAUGAGGAUUUCCAGCAGCAGAGAUAUCCCAAAGGGAAAGCAUAGAUUCAUUGCUUUUAUAUGGGUAGUAAAUGGGGGCCUAUUGUGCUCACUGCGCAUGCACAAUAGGUCUCCUUGUCUGAUGUUGGUGGAGGUGCAUAGGGACAUCAGUGCUGGGAUCUUUAUAUGCCACGCUGGGGGGGAAUCAGUGGGCACUAUAGUGUUAGGAAUACAGCUUUCUAUUCCUAACACUAUAGAAUACCUUUAAGUGCUCCGCUAUCAUAGAACUUAUUUAGCAGUUUUAAAGAUGUUAAAGAAUAUAUCUUGAGCGGCUUAUUCAAUUCUUCAGGAAUGGAUAUAGGAUCAAAUAAAAGCUAAUUAUCUACAAUAAUUGAUGGUGAUUUGUUAUUGAUUUCACUCACUUUACAUUAUGUUCAUUGUUAUGUACAGAAACAAUUAUUAAUAAACUUCUUUUGUGUGUGUCUGUAUAUUUGAUCAUAACGCUUGGAAAAACAAUACAUAGAAAGAGGGCCUGGGCAGUAAUUGCCCAUCAGAAGGAAUAAAUUAAACCAAAAAUGUUAAAUCCAUUUGGAUUAUAUCAGGAUUUAACAUAUUCAGCUUAACUCCUGCAAUAAUCUACCUCAGUAUUGAAGUUCUUCUGUAGUGCAAACAAUGUAGUACAAUACUACAUUUAAUAUCCUCACGUAUAUCCUAUUCCACCACCUGCUUCCUAGGUGACAAAUCCUGUUAGAACAAGUAUGCCUUAUGGUCAGUUUAAGGUAAUAGGGGGUUACACUAAGUUUCACAAAAAAAUGAUUACACCACAAGUUGUUAGACAUGAUUUGUGCAGUGGCUAGAUUCUAAGUGGUUUUUGUAACGAUUUGCAGUUUCUGAGAUCACAAAAGUUGUACAAUUUGCCCCAGUGCCUAAAUAUCUAUGAUGACUAAUCUUUUUAUUGCAAUGUCUGCUCAAUUUUAAAAACCUGUAAAUUGUAUAAAACGGUACCUGAGUCACAGCUGUUCUGUUUUUUUUUUUCUAGAACCAUUUGUGAUCAAGAGAUUAUCAUAUUCAUAGUUCUUCUCACUAGCAUUAUGAAAAGUGUGUGUGUGUGUGUAUACGUCAUACGCACAAAAUAGAAAGUUGCAGCAAAACAUUUUGUCUAUGCAUUGGGUUGAUAGGAUUCCUAACCAGAUUUAAGUUCCACCCUUCAAGGAACAUUCUUUGGCAUCAACACAACUUAAAGGACCACUAUAGGCACCCAGACCACUUCAGCUCAAUGAAGUGGUCUGGGUGCCAGGUCCAUCUCUGGUUAGCCCUGCAGCUGUAAACCUAUAGAAACUGCUAUGUUUACACUAGGGUUAUGCCAGCCUGUAAUGGCUCUCAUUGACAGCCGCUAGAGGCGCUUCCGCGCUUCUCACUUCUCUGAAAAUCACAGUGAGAAGACGCUGACGUCGUGGCGCUGGAGAAAGGUAAGUGUUUGUUUAACCCCUUCAACCCCCUUUAGCCUGGCAAGAGUGAAACCCUGAGGGUGGGGGGACCUAAAGACCCUAUAGUGCCAGGAAAACAAGUUUGUUUUCCUGGCCCUAUAGUGGUCCUUUAGCCCCUUAAGGACCAAACUUCUGGAAUAAAAUGGAAUCAUGACAUGUCAUGUGUCCAUAAGGGGUUAAAGGAACACUGCAUACAUUUUUGUAUAAUAGACAUAACCAUGUAACAACAUAUGCUUAAUAUAUUUGAGUGGAUAUGAAAAAGCUAGUUAGUGGGAGUGGAAGUCCCCAAGAAAUUACUCAUGUUUUCAUGGAUUCUUAUGACUCCUUUGGCUAUAGUAACUAAAGGGGUGAAUACGUUUAUGGUGGGUUGUUUAGACAAAACUAUAGGAAACUGUAAAUAUGGGAGACAGACAUGUUAAUUAAUAAGCAAUAACCAAUGUCAAAGUUUUGACCAAUUGUAUUUAAUUUUUUUUAAACUUCUAUUUUUUUUUUUUUUUUUUAAGACCCGCACCUGGGAUUUUAAAUUAUCCUGAUCUGUUUGUGUGGAUUUUUUUUUUUUUUUUGGGCAGAAUGUCAGUGCAGAAAGAAUCUCUUUCUUAUCCUGGCCAACUAUUGAUAUGCUAACAUGACUUUUCUCUCAGUAGAGGUAUACCGAUGUGGAAGUGCUAGGUGAGCUUCGUGGGAAACGGUUGAGUGUACAAUAGAGCUUCAGUGCUGGAUACGCAGGAUUGUCUGUUUUAUUCAAUAACAGAAAUAACAUGCCAAGCUGACUGGGUUCUUUCCAUGCCAGUUUUAUGAUUGGCGUGUAAGUAGAUAGUGACCAGUUACAAAAAGAGAAACCCUGGCAGAGUAUGUUGUGCGAUUAUGAUUGGAAUUGAUAGAUUUAUGUAUUGUCCACAUAAUUUGUGCUUAUGAAAUAUAUUAGUUACUUUCAACCUUUCAUAUAACAACUGGAUACCCUCCUCAUCCAUUCGCAUCUUGCCUUAUCUUAAUUAAAUCCAAAUUAUAUUUUUUUACAGUAAAUAUGGACCAUAAAUCACUACAAUUAUUAUUUUUUAAUAGCUGCUGUUCUGCAAUAUACAUAUCUUAAAGGGACAUUCCUUGCUGGCAUUGACUCUGUUUUCGUAGAGGAACACUCAAGUACCAAAACCACUACAUCGAGCUGCUGUGGUUAUAAUGCAAAGAGUAUCCUUGCACGCUACCCCUUUUGUGAGUAGUCAAACUGUUUUAGAACAGUUUGGCUCUUUCGGCAAGCAUCGCUCCCCACUUUCUUCUGGUAAAUGCCUAAUUAAAAAAAAAAAAAAAAAGUUUCCACACUAGAGUUUUGGCAGUUUCCACAGCCAUCUCACUAGCCUUGUGGGAUCCUCCGUAGACAUCAUUGUUGUACUCUUGCUCAUUUGCAUAAGACAGUACUUGUAUGUUUUGUAGAGGAAAAGGCACCAGGAGCUGUAAAAAGAAGAAAACUGCUCGCAGGGGACAACUUCAAGCAAGUAUGACCUCUGCUGCACACUGGGGCCACUGCAUCCAAGCAGUGAUGUCACCACCAAAGAUCUUGGCAAAAUAUGCCACGAUCUCCAAAGGUGACUGGUCUGCUUUAAGGAGUUCCAUUAGUGCUAAAUCUUGAUUAGAAUUAAAUUUCAAUCUCUGUGUGAGAGCUCAGUUUCCUCAUGUCUUUAUUAAUUAAUGGAAUACAUUUGUCUUGCAUCAUGCCAUUUUAGAGAAUGUGGUGAUGGAGAAGUAAGAUGUGGGUACAUGCCAUACAAGAUCAUAGAAACCUGUAAUUGUAUCGAAGUGAAAAACUUGGCUUGCAUCUGCAGAGAUUUUUGACAAUUGAUAGUUAUAAUACGUACUCCUUGCACCAUAACCUGUACAAGGAACAUGAGUCGUUCCUGUAACUGGAGUUUUUCUUAAGCCGAAUCAAAGACUGACUAUAGAAUCCUUUUGUAAACAAGCUAGCAUAGUAAGUUAUUUUAUUUUUUUAAUUUUUUUUCUGUCCCACAGUUUUUAUUGAUCUUUCGGAAGGCUGCAGCUGGGGAGCUGGAACAGGACAGUGGUCUGAUGGCUUUGGCUAAACUUUCUGAAAUCGAUGUUUCCACGGAGGGCGUUAAAGGAGCCAAGGACUUCUUUGAAGCUAAGGUAAAUUUGCACACUGGUAUAACGGAAAUUAAAGAGGGUAUUAGAGUUAAAAUGACUGAGCAUUAUUUUGGUAGGAAUUGCUGUUAUUGUCCAGUUUUAACAUAUACAAUCUUUCUGUUAUGUCACCAUAAUCUUUGAGAAGUUUAAAAAAAUUGACAUACUGUUCAGAAACGGUUUGACCCCCAAGUCUUCUCUCCAGUGCUGUGUAGCUCUGACCCUAUUUUUAGCCUCAGACUGCCACGGACAAGGGCACUGCUGAUUGGCUUAGUCAGCUGAUGCUCUAAACCAAUCAGUAGCUCCCCAUUAAUAAAAAAAAUUAAACAAAAUAAAAUAAAAACUGCGUAAGAAACAUUUUUCUCAGUACAUUUUUAUGGUGAGCACUGCUGACACUCCAAGCAAAUCGGUGGCAGCGUUGACUGUGGCAGUCUGAGGCUUCCUGUUUGAAGAAUCUGAGAGCAGCAAAAUGAUGUUAUGAACAGUAUGUCAUGUAAGGCAAUUGUUUUACUGUGAAUAAAAUGAAUUUGAAUGGUUUGACUGCCUAAAGGAAAACUGGCAAAGGGAACCUCCUGGAACCUAGCAACUUCAUUCCAUUGUUGUAAUGGUGCCCGAAGUGUAACAUUAAAUUUGUGUCAUGACAGUGCCACUAAAGAAACUGAUAUAUAACGUAAGUAAAACCAUUUCAUGUCUGAUUUUGAAUACAUCAGUAAAUUUAUAAGUAGAACAUUUUGGUAAAAUUUUACCAGUCUUACCAAUAUUUAUUUAUUGUGCAUCUUGAUUUACAAAACUGAUGCCACCAUAUUACAGCACACUAUUAUGCCAGGAGUUCUCAGGACGGUGUGCUGGUUACCUGUCAAACCUUAAAACGAUUUGGCACUUACUUUAUGUUGGAUUCCAACCAUCCUUCUGGUCUGAGUUGGUUUUAUAAAACAAUCUCAUAGUACUACCAGGUUUAAAUAAUAUUCAUUGGCUUUUAAACAUAUACAUAUGUAGAAUGUAAGAGAACACUCACAAAGCAAUAAAGUGCACAGUUUGUCCUCACUAUGAUGUAAAUGUAAGGCAUUAAAUAUUGCUCUGCCUUCAUCAUUUUAUUCUCAUUUUGUUUUUUUCAAAGUACUUUCUGUCUGCUCUUGCUCUGUGUCUAUUUUAUUGUGACAUCCUGUUUGGGUUAUUUCGCUUUGAUCACAGGUCCAGGCUCUGUCUUCAGCCAGCAAGUUUGAGGCCGAGAUCCGAGCUGAGCAAGACGAGAGGAAGCGUCAGGAGGAAGAGAAGAAAAACCGCAGAGCUGCCUUUAAAGAGCUGAAGUCUGCAUUUAAUUAGUAGCUGACCACUUCAUGAUACAGAAAGGCUUGCACCCAAACUACCUGCCCUAGUCCUCUUAUCCAGGAUACACAGAGAGGCCCUGUAGCAUAGCUGGUCAACUGUGGACAAAGUUGUUGUUGAAAUACAACUCUCAGGAACUGAGAGCAUGGCUGACUGUACUGAGAGUUGUAGUGCAGCAACAGCAGAAGGGCACUAGCUGGCCAGUAUGUCCUUUAAACUUAAUGCAUGUCCCUGACAAGGCAGCAGACUAAACACCUACAGUUUAAUAAUAAGUAGUGGACAGAUAUUGGGUCUUGCCGCAUUGAAUUACAUGAAGAUCUAACUGCCUUCUGACCAGCAGUCCUAUUUUCUUGUCUAAAGUGUCUGGCCAUUCCAUGUCCCCUCUUUUUAAUGAUUUCUGGAAGCAUAGCAUUGAUUUUUGUUGUGUGGGCUUUACUCCCCUUAUUUUAGCCAUUAUGGAGAGCAAAACAAAAGUACAGCAAUGAGAAGCAUAUAGGCGAUCGAAUGUUUCAAGCAUUUGCAUUCCGAUAUCAACAAUGUCGGUUAGUUUGCUUCCAUGAAAGUUUUUUUUAUUUUUUUUUUAUUUUUUUGCCUUACAUUUUUUUUGUCCGACUCACAUGCCUGCUGAAAAUGUUUCAAUGUAGAAUUGAUUUUGAUUACAACAUUUGCAAAAGCUUUAACUUUGCACAGAUUACAUGGGCAUCUUUAGGAACUGCACCUCUUAAACAUUCCUUCUGCAGAGCCCUGACCGCUGCCCGUUCUUGGUUCAAUAGAUUUUGAUUUUAUAUUUUUCUCCAUGCAGUCGGUAAGCAGAGAGAGCUAGGGCAGAAUAGAGUACGUAUUGAAAACCUUCCCUUUGUUUGAAUAUCAUAAAAGCCAGUGUUUGGCUAUAUUUUUAAUACAGUUUCUGGAUGAUCUGUUGUCGUAGGGCACCUGCAGCCUAUAUGUGUUUUUGAAAGUAUUCUAUGCCAUCCGACUGCGGUUGCCCCUUCAAUACAUAAAGACACAUUAAUGCGACCAUCUGUGUUCGAUAAGGUUGAAAGCUGCCGUGUUGACGCUUGGACAUAGUCCCUAUAAUUUUAAUUAUGAAAGAGUAUGAGUGAAAAAAAACCCUGUAUAUAACUUGAUACAGAAUAUAUUUAUAUGAUUGAUUAGUAUUCUGUGACCGGAGAGUAUACACCGUGUCUGAAAGACAUGCAACUCUGUGCAAAAUGAGUAUCCCCAAGCAAUGCUGAUUGAUUCCAGUCCGUGUUGAUGAACUAGUGCUAUUCUGUACAGCUAUUUUAUACUCCAGUAGCCCUGCUCGUUUAACAUGGGGCUAGAUUGUCUUAAAUUAUACACUGAGCAGGCAAUAUUGUGGAGAGGGAGAGUGAAUGGUCGUGUUUUGUUGAUGGAUGUACAAGUCCCCCCCCCCCCUCAAUCAAUGAAGGGAUUGAUGAUCUUGGUACUUUUAGAUGUUAAUAAUUAUUGCUCCUUUCCAGGGGGUAAUGUCCCUAAUUUCUGUAAUAGAAUGUUCCGCACUUCCUUGCACACUGGGGAAAUCAUCCAAUCUUCUACAUUUCUGUUGGCUGCUGUCUUUAUAUAUGUUUUUUUUAAAUAUAUUAUUAAAGUAAUAAACAUUUUACUAAUAUUUCUUUAUAAUCCCUGCUUUCGUGUGUGUUUAUUUAUUUUUUUCACUCGUUAGUUUGUUCCCAGUCUUGGUAAUUGUGCUGGCAGUCCAGUUAUCCUUUUUUUACCUUUUUAAUGAACUAAGGAAAUGAUUACUGAGGAUUUAUAACAUGUUAGGUGUGUAGGAAACUCUCUCAGUCUACAUGGCACUGAAACCAGUUUGUAGAGAUAAAAUUCAAUUCUUCAUCUACUUACUCAUCCAUUACCUUCCUCCAGAAAAUGAAUGAAUGUCUGCAUAUGUAUAUAUCUAAAUUGAGUAAAAUACCACUAUCUUCCAUCAGUGCAUAGAGAACUAACUAUAAAGAUGGUGUUUUCAGUUCUGUAACCCUCAUUUGUACAUUUGAGAUGCAUUAUGCUGUUUUUUUUGUUUUUGUUUUUUUUUUUAAAGGAGUGGGCAAUCAGCUAUGUAGUAUGUAAGCAAUAAAAACACUGGUGUACUAUUUUGUAUCCACCAUUUACAGUCUUCAUUCAUGGAAAAUAUACAUAUACUGCGUUUUACAUAAAGUAGUGGAAAUAAAUUGGUCAUGCCAAGUAAAGUGGCAUAAUUAGUCGUAUGCAAAACGAAAGACCACACAAUGUUUUAGCACUUGGUUGUCCGUAGUGCUUUAUAGGCCUGAACCCUUCAGAGUUUCUAGGCUUUGAUAUAUUACUGGAUCACUUCAUCUGUGCGUGUACACUUCUG